AUGAGGUGGGACCUAGGGUGACUCUGAAGUAGGCUGGGAGUAAGGUGGGGGGGAACUGGGUGCGUAGCAGGGACCCAGGCCCAGAGGGGCUGGGGGGAUGCAGAGAGGGAAGUACAGCAGGAAGGAACUGGAAUCCCGGAGGAGAAACUGAACAUGCGCAGAGGCUACACAAUUCGCUACCCUUUUGCCCAUUGUGGGGGUGAAGCUGAGCAUGCGCAUUAACUGAAUACUACCACAACACUCCUAAAGGAUUGUGGGCGGUAAAAAGGCGGAGCAAGGGGGAUAGGGUGGUGGAGAAGCGUGUGGGUAAGUGGCUGAGUAUGCGCACUGGCUGUGGUCGUCAAGCAGGAUUCUGGGCUGCCAUAGGACCGGGGAUAAGGGCGGAGUAGGGGCGCGUGAACCUGAGCAUGCGCAGAGGCCGGACCUUGACCUUGUGGGUGGACCCGGGGAAGGGAAGCUCAAGUCCCGGGGAUCCUAGGGGGAGGCCUGCAAUGGAACAACCGGAGGGUGCUGUGAGGGCCCGGAGGCUGCAAUGCGGAGGCGGGAGCCUGCAUCUCCCAGGACCACAGCCUUCUCCGGGCAGGAGCGUAAGGGAAGGGACGGUUUCCUGGCUGCCCACAGCCAGCCUCCAGCGCCCGCUGACCUUCGGGGACGUGGCCGUGAUCUUCUCCGGGGAAGAAUGGAGGCGCCUGAGCCCGGCUCAGCGGGACCUGUACAGGGAGGUGAUGCUGGAGAACUACGAGCACCUGGUGUGCGUGGCCAGGUGGAUGGAGUCCCUCCCUGAGCCCCAAGCGGACGAGCGGCACCCUGUUCCCGGAAGGAGGAGGACAGGCUGGAGCCCUGGUGCCCCGGCCCCACCCUUGCCUUCUGUCCCCUCCAUCAGGGCUCUCCGGGUCCAAGCCCAGCGUCAUCUCCCGGCUGGAGCAGGCGGCGCCCUGGGUGCCGGAGGGAGAGUGUCCCGGGGGCCCUCCGCCAGAUUCUUUUCAUCAGGAGACUGGUUAUGAAAACAAGGACUCAGUUCUAACCGAGGGCACUUGCUUGGAUGCUUUGGCCAAGGAAAGAGUACCACAGGACAAUCCCUGGUAUCUCAACAGAGGAGAGUUUGGGGAAAGUGAGGUCAAAUUUGAGAGCCAGAAGGGCCCCCAGGAGGGAGAAUCCCAGCAAUUAAUAGUCACUCACAAAAGAACAUUUUGUGAAACAAAUGUCCUUGAUUGUAAUUCCUUUGAGAGACAUUUUAGUUUGGGGCCAGUCUUCUUUCCACAAUGGAGAGCUGUCAUAGGAAAAAGUCUACAUAAAUAUACUACACUUGAAAAGAACUUCAGGCAGUUUUCAGACAGAAUUCAGCAUAAUGCAGUUGCCUCAGGGAAGAAGCUAAAUAUGCAUGACCCAGACAAGAAAACCUUGGGUUGUCACUCAGACCUCAUCAAAUGUCAUAGGGCAUGUGCUGGUGAAAAGCCAGACCCUGGGAAAACCUUUGAGAAAAGAACAAACUUUACUCAACAGCAGGGACUUCAUACCAGAGAGAAACUCUUUGAAUGUAAUGACUGUGGGAAAGGCUUCCGGAGGAAACAUUACCUGAAAAGCCAUCAGAGAACUCACACAGGAGUGAAACCCUUUGAAUGUAACCAGUGUGGGAAAGCCUUCAAUGACAGUCGGAACUUAAUUAGACACCAGAAAAUUCAUACUGGAGUGAAACCCUUUGAAUGUAAUGAAUGUGGGAAGGCUUUCAAUGAGAGGCAAUCCCUCAUUAGACAUGAGAGAACUCAUUCUGGAGUGAAACCCUUUAAAUGUAAUGAAUGUGAAAAAGCCUUUGGCUGGAGGGAAAACUUAAUUAGCCAUCAGGGAACUCAUACAGGGAUCAAACCCUUUGAAUGUAAUGAAUGUGGGAAAGGCUUCAGGAGGAAGCAUUACCUUAAAAGCCAUCAAAGAACUCAUAUUGGAGUGAAACCCUUUGAAUGUAACCAGUGUGGGAAAGCCUUUAAUGAUAGUCGGAACCUUAUUAGACAUCAGAAAAUUCAUACUGGAGUGAAGCCUUUUGAAUGUAAUGUGUGUGGGAAAGCCUUCAACGAGAGGCAGACCCUUAUCCGACAUGAGAGGACUCACACUGGUGUGAAACCCUUUGAAUGUAAUGAAUGUGAGAAAGCUUUUAUGCGGAAGGAUUGUCUAAAGAGCCAUCAGAGAACUCACACUGGAGUGAAACCCUUUGAAUGUAGUGAAUGUGGGAAAGCCUUCAGUCAGAAGGGACACUUUAUCAUCCACCAGAGAACCCACACUGGAGUGAAACCCUUUAAGUGUAAUGAAUGUGGGAAAGCCUUCAAUGACAGACAGUCCCUUAUUAGACAUCAGAGAACCCACACUGGAGUGAAACCCUUUAAGUGCAAUGAAUGUGGGAAAGCCUUCAAUGACAGGCAGAACCUUAUUAGACAUCUAAGGACUCACACUGGAGUCAAACCCUUUGAAUGUAAUGAAUGUGGAAGAGCCUUCAAUGACAGACAGAACCUUAUUCGACACCAGAGAAUUCAUACUGGGGGGAAGCCUUUUGAAUGUAAUGAAUGUGGGAAAGCCUUCAGUGCCAGCCAGAACCUUAUAAGACAUCAGAAAAUUCAUGCGGUAGGGAAACCCUUUGAAUGCAAUGAAUGUGGGAAAGCCUUCAGUCAGAAAGGACAUCUUCUUAGUCAUCAGACAAUUCAUACUGGAACAAGAGCCUUUGAAUGUAAUGAAUGUGGGAAAGCCUUCAGCCAGAGGGGAAGCCUCAACAGACACCAGCGAACUCAUACCAGAAUGUAGUCCUUUGAAUAGUUGGGAUGUGGGAAAGCCUUCAGGUAGAACAGAUACUUAGAAACCAUUAGAGUUCAGAUUGGAAUGAAAUCUGUUUAAUGUGAGGAUGUCUUCAGCCACACAAGAGGCCUUAUUUAUCAUCAGAGAACUUCAUACUGCAGUGAAACCAUUUGAAUGAAUCUAGAAAAGCUUUCAGUGAGACCAAUCAUUAGACAUAUACAAGUCAUAGUGGAGCGAAGGCUUUUUAAAUGUAAUGAAAGUGGAGAAGCCAACAGUGAGAGGGGACCCUUGGUAGGCAUAAGAGAAUUUAUGUUGGAGUGAAACUUUGAAUUCAGUGAAUGGGAAAACCCUCAGAUCUUUCUGUAGAUGCCUUCUUGGCCAUUCAAGAAUUCAAACCAGAGAAUCCCUUUUAAUUCAGUGAACAUGGGAAAGCCUGUAAUAUGAAUGGUCAUUAGAAGAGAUGAUUCUGAAAUGGAGCCCUUUUAGUGUAAUAAAAGUGGGGAAGCUUUCUGGCCAAGAUCCCUUAUUUACCACCAAUAGACUCAUAUUGUUCCAAAACCCAUUGAAUCAAUAAAUAAGGAAAUCACUAUGCACCUACUCACUGAGGCUGAGCUUCUGAAUUUUCCUCCAGAGAGCAUGCCAGAAUGUUUAUUUUGUUGCAGUGUACUAUUUCUAGUAUCUAGGUAGCAUAGUGAAUAGAGUGCCAGGCCUGGAGUAAAAAAGACCUGAGUUCAAAUCUAGCCUCAGAUGCUAGCUAUGUGACCCUGGGUCAGUCAUUUAAGCCUGUUUGCCUUGGUUUCCUCACCUGUAAAGUGACCUGGAGAAGGAAAUGUCAAAUCACUCCAGGAUCUUUGCCAAGAAAACCCCAAAUGGAGUCACAAGGAGUUUGAACAUGACUGAAACAACUGAAAAAAAAAACCUAAUUCUCCUUAACUGAGAUUGUCCUUGGUUGACAUGUUUGUAGAAGCAACUGUAUGAUGAAAAAUGUUACAAGUUCAAAAGAUAGGAAUGAACCUGCAGACCCAAGAAUUGUUCUUUAGAGGACACCUUUUGAGCAAAUGUAUGUAUUUGGAACUAUACAUUGCAGCAAGGAAUUGUGAUCUAGGUGCUAAGUGACAGCUGGUGCUACUGAGGGCAUAGUGCUCUAUCACCAUGAAAGCAUUAAAUGAUAUUGGAUUUUUAAAAAAAUACUUGGAUCAAGAGAGAACUCUAAGGCAAGCAUCCUACUAGAGCAAAAGGACAGCCAGUGUUUAUAUUAUAAGGCUUGGUCUUGUGCUCAGUGUCUUUAAAGGAAUGUGCAACCAGCUUAUUCAACUGACUUUCAAAGUACCACCAAGCCUUUGGAAAUUUUGUAUAUAGACUUUAUUUCUGAAAGAAGGUAGAAAAAAAGUAGUGCCAGACCAUUUAAACUAAUGUACUCAUCCAGGGACCCAAAUUAUUCAACAGUUCUAAAAGCUUAAGAUUUAUGGAAUUAAAUAUUUCUCUUCACAGCAAGCACUAUUGUCUAUAGGCAAAGGAAGCAGAUUCCCUAAUGUGAACGAGUAAAAUGAUGAUGGAAAUUCAGCCAGAUGGACUCCAAAAAGGGCCUAUUUGCCAAGAUGAUCCAUUGGAUUUAAAUGAAUGUUGUCAAGAAGGGGACCUCUUUCCAAAGGGAAAUAGAGGUUCCAAACAUAGAGUUAACCCUUUCUUGUCUAAUACUUGAACUACAGGGAUUCUGUGAGUUAAUUAGGAGAGGCGAGUAAUGUGGGACUGUGAAAAGAUAUUCGAUUUCCAGUGUGAGGUCUCAGGCUCCAAUCAUGGCUCAGUGUACCUACUAAAUUUGUGACCUUGGACCAAUUCCUUGGCGUCCUUUUCUCAUCUAUAAAAAGAGUGGGUUGUACCUUGUGAGAGCCCUUGGAGAGCCCUUCCAGCUUUCAUGCGGUUUCUAUGAUCCUUUGAAGUAACAAAGCUAACAGUACAUUUUCUAGCAAUGGAAGAAGCGCUUGCCCAUUGACCCAAAUGACCCCCAUUUGUUGGAGUGAAUGUAAUGGUUGCUCUGUAUCUAUCAAUAGGCGUUUCUCAAGUGCCCUGGACUCAGCCUGCUGGUGAUUCAGCGAUUAGUGAAAAUCACAAAUACCAUGAAGUCAACACUUUGUUCAGAUUCACACUAUUUAGAGUUAGGUCUAAAAUAUGGUUGAUUGUUUCCAGCCUUAUGAAAAUAUGCAAUGAAAUCUUUUAAAAUGAGUUUUUUAAUCUUUUUUUAAUGUGACAAUAACAAAGAAAAUAUAUUUCAGAUUCAUAUUUAUUACAAAAUAAUAGAGAAGCUAUAGAAAGCAAAACUUUUUAAAUGACUGAAUGUCAUGCCUAAAGACAAGCCUAUUCUCAGGAUAUAACAGAAAUAUAAUUAUUGUCAUUAUAAAAAUAUUUUGGCAGCAUAGACUGAACUAUCUUCUCUUUCUGUAAUUUUUUAUCCACAUGCUGAUAAAUGCAAGGAGCUUUUCCCACAUCUCAUGUGAAGAACUGGCUCAAUCACAUUCUCACAUAGACCAGGAGUAGUUGGGUGACUGCCAUUAUUUGAAAUCACUAAUGCUUUAGAUGAAAUGUUGUCUUUGUGAUAUUUUUCAAUAGGUGGGCUAACAGAACUUCAGUCUUUGGGAAACUGCCCUAAUUCCUCAGGGUUUCUUAUUUCUCUCACUACCGAAGAACUGGUGGAAGCCUCCCAGAACACAAGGAUUUUAAUACUGAUAAACAAGCCUUAGUUUUGCUUUAAAAUUCCUUUCUGUAUUACCUCCCAAUAAAAGUGAUAGGUGAUUGAAUGUACUUUAAGUGCAUUAAAUUGGGUGGGACAGGGGGGAUGUUAUAUUUAAAUAGUUGUCUGCCAUAAACUGUGGCAGUUAAAAUGGUUGAAGAUAUAAAUUGUGAUAGAUAUAAGAGAGGGUGAGUAAAUUUGACUGCAGAAAAUAUGUUUCACUACAGUGUCUUGGUUUCUAAAUCAAAUAUAUAAGGUGGUCGCCAGGGAAAUAGUCCCAAUUAUUCAAUAUACCCAAGUCAACUGGGUUUUAUAGAGAUUUUAAUUAAUAAUACAAUGAGUAAUUAAAGGAAAGAGAGAAAAAGGAAAUAAGUAUGAAGGGCCUUAAGCCAACAUGGCCUAGACCUGAGUCUUAAGAGAGAGAGAUCAGUCAGUCAGUCUUUUAUCAUUCACCACAAGAUUUGUCUUAAGCAAGGAUGUCUGGGGAACAGUCUCCCCAGAGGGAGUUCCAGCCAGAGUCAGCCUCCCAAGGGACUUCUUCUCAAGAGAUCUUCAAAGGGCCUCCUCCAAAAGGUCUAUCUCCAAGGAUCUAUCUCCACGGAUCCAAGGAUCUCCAAGCCUCCAAGGAUCCUAACUCCAAGCCUCCAAGGAAAUCCCUUGCUCUAGAGAUUCCUUUUCUUAUAUAGGCGGUUUUUUCCUAUGUCACCUCCCCUAAGUUCUUCCAUCUACCAAUCACCGUAGAUAUUUUCUAAAAGUCAGCCCAUCUGAAUUCCAGCUAAGUUGACUAAUCCCCUCAGUAAGUCUGAACCAGAGAAAACACUGCUGUGUCGACUAAUCUCAUUAAGAGAAAACCUGCCCAACCUUUAUAGGUACCUAGCAUCCCAUUGUAUCAAUUCUAAAAACAGGCAUGGCUCAAAGAACUCCCUGCCUCAUCAUAAGCAUGGGUCCAAGUACUUUCAUUGUUUAGCAAGGAGUUUUCUGCCCUAAAGCAGUCUUAAGUAUGGGUGGAGUAGAGGUCCUCCCAUUUCUGAUCCUGACAAGUUCUCACAUCAAAAUGGGGAAUGUUUCCAGUAGGGAAUUGUUCCAAUUAAGAAUUCCCUGAUGGGGAAAUUUUUAACAUUCACAACUCUGAGAAAUUUCAAGAUUUACAGGGAGGUGGUUCCUAUCUUAGAAAUGUAAGUUCUAGGGGCAGCUAGGUGACACAGUAGAUAGAGCACCAGGCAUAGACAGGGAGUCCUGGAUUAAAAUCUGGCCUCAGACACUUUCUAGCUCUGGGCAAGUCAGCAAGUCACUUAACCCCAGUUGCCCAGCCGUUAUUGCUCUUCUGUCUUGGAAUUGAUACAAUUCUAAGACAGAAGGUAAGGGUUUAAAAGCUUAAAAGAAAUGUAAGUUUUAGGAGGCAUCCUUUCCCAAAAUAAGCCUGUUUCAACCACAUUCAUAUUUUAGGGAUCAAUGAAUCCAUCUUUUUCACUUUCAUCAGAACAUCAGGAUAUGUAGCUUUUACAUUCUCGAAUGCUCCGACUACCUCUCUUACGAUUUUAUGGCCGGUUGGACUCAAUUUUUAAAGUCCUUCAAUCAACGUUUGUAGGAAGAGUUUCUUCAGCCUCCACUGCAAUUCCACUUUCUGCCAUUGCCUUUAAAAAUGUAGCAUACCAGGCAUGUUAGCAUCUGGGAAGUAUGACUGAUGUAUUGAUAUUGUAUCACCAAACACAUGGUCAGACCUCCUAAUGGUCAUUGUGUAAUAGGGACAGUUCAGGGGACUAGCCAGGGUUGGGCAAAUUCUUGGGCUGGGAGUGGACAGCCACGCUGCCUCAGCUCUGAGUACUGUCAUUAACAUAGGACGGUUCUAUUAGAGCCCUCAGUGUGGAGUACACUCAUUUGCAAAGCGGGAUGGAUUAAACUCCACCUCUUUGAUCUCGUCAUUGUCAACUCAACCAAUGUUAAAACCUAUGUCAUGUGACAUAUACAUUCCUAAAACCCUCAAUAAAUACUGGGAACAAGUGCGAAA